AUUGACUAUUGACUUAUAAAUUUAAGGUUAGGGUUGCGACGUGGUUGUUGAGGAUUUGGGUUGAGUUACAGUAGUACUUUAUGUUAAAGUAAAGUAAUAAUGGAAUUUUAUUUUAUUAGUUUAUUUUAUAUAAAGUAAUAAUUACUUUAAUACUCCCUAAAGUUAUGAAUUUUGAAUAGAUUUCAAACUACUUUCUCUGUCAAGAAUAUAUAAGUGGGAAUCUCAAUGUGAUUAACAUUUGUGUUUUAAGUCUACAAUUGUAUGAUAAUGGCAAAAAGCAAGCCUAAAGUUUAUAUAGGUUUUGAAGAUGAGUUGAUAACUCAAAAACAUCUUCCAGCAGUGACCUUUACAACAAACAAAGUUGGUGGCAAACCGGAUUGGAUUGGCGGUAAAUCUGUGAACAUUAAUCCCCUAUGUCAACGCUGCGGCACAAUAAUGCCUCUCAUAGUCCAAGUUUAUGCUCCUUUGGUGAACUCCUUUUAUCAUCGGGACUUU